AUGCUGUCAUCACCGACGCAUUGGGUGCGGACAGGCUUUGGCGAUUCAGAACGUACUUUCAAGCCGCCUUCUGUUAUCCCCUUCCAAGGCUGUGGUCAAGGUAAUGGGGCUGGACCCCCUAUAUGGAUCUCCGUGAGCUCCGUUCUCAUUGCCAUGAUGGAAGCGGCUGGGGGAUUCCGAGCCACUGGAGGUGCGAUCAACCCCAAGAAGUCCUUUUGGUGGCUCAUUGAUUUUGAGUGGGACUCCCGCACAGGCAAAUGGAAAUUCCGUGGGGAAAAAGCUGUCGCUCCCGACUUUGAACUCCAAAUUCAAGGUCUUUUGGGUGCUACUGAAUCCUUGCGUCGCCUUGAACCAGAUGACUCGGAACGCACUUUGAGAGUUAUGCUUGCUCCCUUGGAAAACCUUGAGGCCCACAAGGCUCAGAUGGUUGCUAAAGCCACGGAUUGGGCAGAACAGCUUCCACCCAAUCUGCUCCACAAAUAUGAUGUCCUCCCCCUCAUCAAGUCGACCAUCAUGAAGAAAUUGGAGUAUCCGAUGGCGCUAACAACCCUGGAUGCCCAGCAAUGGACAGACAUUAUGUCUCCGGUACUUCAAGUGUGCCUUCCAAAGGCAGGUGUCUGUCGUAAUUUCCCUCAGGAUAUCGUAUUUGCUCCGCUGUCCUAUCAGGGUCUUGGACUUCCACAUCCGUUUGGUUGUCAAGUGUUUAAGCAUCUUGAGAUGUUGCUCCGACAUAUGGCCAACAGGACCAAAACCGGUGACUAUAUGGAGGCCAACAUCCAAGCCCAUCAACUUGAAACGGGGACGUCCUUUGGACUUUUGCAACAGGUCUACACCAACACGGCGAUCCUUGCUUCAGACACGUGGAUGAAACGAGUCUGGCAUGAGCUCAAAGGCUUGGACAUCUUUCUUGCGUACGACUCUCCAGCCCUCUCCCUUCGCUGUACAGACGACUCCCUUCUGAUAGAUCUCUUCAUCAACUUGGAGGUUGAACAGGAGGAACUUUUAUGGCUCAAUUGGUGUCAAAUGUUCCUCCAGACCACCUUGUCCAGAGCCCUGCUUGCCUCCAACAGGCCACAUCACCCACUACAACAACCCUUGGGACCAUGGACUGACCGUCUGGAGGACUGGAAUUGGUUACUGUCACCCACCACAGGCCUUUUCACCGCCAUGGGGCAACCUGGAAACACUUUUGCUCUGAGGGCUCCCACACCACAUCACGUCGCUACGCACCAGGGCCGUCCCAUCCUUCCUGCCCAUGGUGGACUGCACCGCUUCCUUCUGACGUUCUUCACGGCUGCCGAGCUCUGCACGGACUAUUACGGGUGGGUCCCCGAUGAGAUCGAGGUCCACGGUGACGAAGCCACCUUAGCUGAUGCUCUGUUGGACGGUCGCCUGCGUGUGAUCAGCGAUGGAUCCUUCAAGAACGAGUUGGGGACCGCGGCGGUUCAAAUCCUGGUGAAGCAUGGAGGAUGCCAUCGAAUCAUCAUCCGGUGUCAGACUCCCGGUUUGCCCCAGGACCAGAGUCCAUACCGCAGCGAGCUCAUUGGUCUGUUGGCCGGUAUAAUGGUGGUUGAUUGGCUCCUUGAGCAAUGGUUCCCCAACAUUUUGAUUGGCCCCAAGGUGCGGAUUGCUUGCGAUGGCCUCUCUGCUAUUGAGAUGGCUUUUGAAGAUCGUCCACUGUCUCCACCGAUGCCCAGUUUGACCUGGUAUCGUCCAUUUGGGAAGCUAUCCUUCGGUUCUCGGUAG